UCGUGAGCGGAGGCUCCAACGGCUACCGGUUUCCGGUUUCGCGCUCCGGAAGUGACGCAAACGGGCCGCGCCGCCCCGCCGAGCGCAGAGUCAGGGUCGCUAUGAGCCGUGUCUGGCGUGCGCCGGCCACCGGGGCUGUCCGGGCGCUGAGGUUCGUGCGCGGGGCUUCCCGACACCUGCAGCCGCCGCCGGGUGUCCGGGCUCAGGGCCAGCCCGCGGCCGAGGCCGAGGAAGAGGACGACCCUAACCGUCCCAUUCCGUUUUCCUCCAGCAAAGCCAGCCCGUCCCGCUGGAAAGUGCAGCACUCCUUGGGAGGGGAGCAGCAACGGCCCUGGUGGAGGGUGCUGCCCUUCAGCCUCUCGCUCAUGGCUCUGGUGGCCUGGUGCUUCUUCAGGCAGGAGACCAGCACGGACCGGUGGUUGAAACAGGUGUUCGGAGAAGAGGAGCCGGAGCCCGGCGAUCGUUCUCAGGAGCCUGGAGCUCCGACCGUCCACCAGGCGAGAACGUAGCGGGGUGCCGGCGGGGGCUAGCAGCGAGGAGACAGGCAGCCGCCCUUGGGCUUUUGACAUCGCGUUGGGCCGUUUCUGCCUCGGUUAUGCCGUCCCCAGAGUGAAGGACUUGGCACAGCUGGCCACACCGACCCGCGUGAAGGCAGAGCAGAGUGUCCACAGAACGGAACCGGCUCUUCGCCUGAUACUUGAUGCCCAACGGAUACGCCCCCGAGACGUUUCUCUUUCCGACCCGUGGAAAGGGUUUUGGUUGCACUAUGUACCGUUGGAUUUGGGAUGUGUCUUUCUCCAACGCGAUCAUGUUUCCAAAGCAAUUCUGGUGACACUGGCAAUCCAGCGUAACCCAGUCUGCAGGUCGUUUGCUUUCCGAGACAGAGUAACUGGGAGAAGAGUGAAACUUUUUGUUUUUUAACGUACCGUGCUGUGUAGAAAUAGAUGUUGGUUUGACCAACUGACAACAAAUUUUAAUUUGGUGAUGUGGAAUUAAGCCAACCCCCCUCCCUUUUUUGCACCUCAUUAAAAAAAAAAAAAAAAAAGGCGGGGGGGGGGCGGGUGCCUUUUAGUCCUCUCCAGUUCCUUUGUUUUUCUGUUUUUCCAGAAUAGGAAGUGAGGAAAGAAACCUAAAUGUGAAUUGUGGGAUUUACAAAAGAUACCGGAAAUAAUGAAAUUUCUCGGCUUUACAAAUUCUUAUUUUUAGCAAGGCAACAACUUUCUGAGUAAAAUAAAACUGGGCAGCAUUUUUCGUUUUUUUAAACGUUUUGUUUUUGAGAAAAAGCCCGUGUUUGUGCUGGGGGGAGGGCAGGGGGGGGGGGUGGUGGGGACAGGGCUCAGUGCUGACAGCAGCGAGCUCUCAUGUGGGGCUGGAGCUCAGGAACCAUAAGAUCAUGACCUGAGCUGAAGUCGGAGGCUUAACCGACUGAGCCCCCCAGGCGCCCUGCUACGUAUUUCUUUUGACAAAUUACAGGCAGGAUUUUUGGGUAUCGAAAUGAUAUGCUUUUCAAACACUACUUACUAAGAAACUGCUUAAUUCUGAAUUAAAUAUGAGGGAAACAAGAGAAAGUUUAUUCACUACGUUUCUAGUGGAAGGUUUUAUUUUGGCAUAUCUGUGGUGCUGAAGUUAACUGGAGGUCUCUUCGAUCCUGGUGUUUGCAGACUGGUGGCUGCAUGGCAGUGCACCAGCUUCCCGAAGGCUCUCUGCUGCAGGGGUUUCAAUGUCGGGCCCGCCCCGGGGAAAUUACGCUUGUGUGGCAGGUGGGAUUGAUAGAAGGAUGUUUAUAGAUUUAUAUGUUAAUUAUUUUUAUUAUUUUUAAGUAAGCUCGGUACCCAGUGGGCUGGAACUCGUGACCCUGGGAUCAAAAAUCCCAUGCUUUACUGACCGAGCCCACCAGGAGCCCCCAAGUAUGUUCAUUUUUUGGAGGUAGAUCAAGGUUUGGGAAGAUUGGUAUUUGGGAGGGAACAAAGAACGAUGCCGUCCUUUCUCCAUCCUGGCACGGUUGUUACGUUUAAUUGUGAGCUACCCAGUUCAUUCAAACCAGAACCCUUAACUCUUCCCUUCCCAGCUUUUGUAGGAAAUAAAAAAACCUAAUGAAAAGAA